UACAAAUAACAGAGCAUUAAACCGGCGAUACACGCUAACAGAGGGCUGAUCACCGUCCAAUUGGCAAGCUCAAAUUGAGAAACUGUCCGGCUUUUCCUCUCAGAGACUCACACUCUCUCUCCAAGGCAGAAAUGGGAAACAGGCGGUUCGCGCAGAUUGAUACGAGUGAUGAAGACGACGAGUUGGUACUGUCACGGCUGUCCCGUUCAUCUCACAAUGCCGAAGAGAAACGGAAACGCAAGAGAAUGAAGCUCGGUGAAGAAGACGAAGAAGAAGAAGAGAAGCAAAAUCAGAACAAGAGGAAGGAGGCGGAGGAUUCAGAGGAAGACGUAGAAAAGGACAAGAGGAGCAGCAGGGAUAAGAAGGCGAAGAGCAAAGCCGUGGAGGAGUCGGAGCCGGAGGAGGAGGUUGAGGAGGAAGCGCAGGAAGACGCAAAGCCCAUCGGCGAUGUCAUUAGGGUUAGCGGAAAGGGUCGAGGCCGAAGGAACCACUACAAAUCAUUCGAAUAUGAUGGACUCAGCUAUGACCUAGAGGACCCAGUGCUGUUAGUUCCUGAGGUGCAAAAUCAGAAACCUUAUGUUGCUAUUAUCAAGGAUAUUUCUCAGACUAGCAAAGGAAACAUGAUGGUCACUGGGCAGUGGUUUUAUCGACCUGAAGAAGCAGAGAAAAGGACAGGUGGAAACUGGCAAUCACGUGAUACAAGGGAGUUGUUCUAUAGUUUUCACCGUGAUGAGGUGCCUGCUGAGUCUGUUAUGCACAAGUGUGUGGUACACUUCAUUCCCUUAAACAAACAGAUUCCAAAUCGCAAACAACAUCCUGGCUUUAUUGUUCAAAAAGUCUAUGACACUGAACAGAGGAAGCUUUUCAAGUUAACAGACAAGGACUAUGAAGAUAGCAAGCAACAUGAGAUUGAUCUCCUUGUUCAGAAAACUAUGUCACGAAUUGGUGAUCUUCCUGACAUUGAGCCUGAGGACCUUUCCACUGUGCAUGAAGAUCAGUUGUUGAAGAGUAAACGCCUUCUGAGGAAAAAGAGCAUGCAUUUGUUAGAUGUUUCUAGAGAGGAAGAAGCACCUACUAGAUCUGGUCAAUCUCUUAAAGCAGAAACACCUGGAAGUUGUGCCAGUAAUGCAUCAGAGUACUUCACAAUUCUUAAAAACUUUGAUGUCCUCACCGGUGCUGAUCAUCGCAACAAGUGCUUGGAAAAGCUGCUUCAAGCAAUUGAGUUCAUGUGCAAUCCUUGGGAUGGUGGGCAGGGUGAUGCUAAAGAAAAAUGUAUUUCUGAUGGUAGUGAUCCUGAUAAAACAAAUUCCUCAAAACAUGUGAAUGGGUCUCAAGAAAACUGUUCAAAUGGUGAAGCCAAUUUUCAUUGGCCAGACAGUGCAGUUCCUGCUGUAGUUUCUCUUGAGAGAGCUGUACAUGAUGCACUUUCCUCAGAUUUUCAAAAGUACAACCAAAAGAUGCGGCAGUUACUCUUUAAUCUUAAGAACAAUGCGCUCUUAGCCCGACGUCUCUUAAAUGGGGAGUUGGAAGCAUCACAAAUAUCAAACAUGACGCCAACUGAAUUGAAGGAAGGUUUGACUUCAGAUGAGCUUGCAAGUAGGCAGCCCGAGGAGCAAGAACCCGUGCAGAUGACUGAUGCUCGUUGCAGACGAUGUAGUGAGAGACAAGUGCGGCUGAUAGAUAUCAUUCAGGCUGGACAUGGUCAUCGCUAUCAGCUUGAGUGUGGAGCAUGUGGUAAUACGUGGUAUGCUUCAAGAGAUGAAGCUGCUACGCUUACAAUAGGACCAUCAACCACAAAGAGUGUUGGCACAGAACCACUGGCCACUGCCAAGUUUGAAGACAUUGAGAAGCAGCUGCUGAGCCCCCGGUCGAAUGACAGAGGAGCCAGUGAUGUUCUUAAGAAAUCAACCGAGGUCUACAUGCCAACCCUGGAUAAACAUAGAUCAUUCAACAAGACUAAACCCGAAGAGGGCGCCGCUGCUAACGGUGCUGAGUGAUCCUUGAACUUUAGACUUGAGAGAUCACUCAGGCUUGAGAUUUGGUAGACCAGUUCACUCGUGUACAUUAGUUAAUCUGAUGUAAAUAUAUUAAAUUUACGCAGAGAAUGAUAGGAUGCUUAAUAUUGCUACAUUUUGGCAACCACGUGAAGCAUGAAGUCUGACAUCCUAUUUGAAAUUUUAAUAGAUUUUACUUGGACAACUAAUUUGAUUA